AUUAAAAAUUCAAUAUUUUAGAAAUAUAUAUAUCUACUGGAUAUCAGAAAAUGUAAACAUUAUAAGCUGUUGAUUAAAUGCAGUCUCCUAUGUUGCUUAUGUCGCUCAUUAAUUCAGAAUUAUAUAAAUAAAAAAUAUGGAGCUUAAGAAGGAAGCAGCAUUCGAUAUGAACAAAGAGAAAGCAAAAUCAUUCAAGGCGAAAAUAAAGCAGCUUGCUGAAUAUAAUGAGAUAGUUUCGGCCGAGACUAUCAGUGCGAUCGGAGAUGUUACGAAAGAUGUUACGAAAGAUAUGAUCAAGGAUGAUGCACCGAGCAGCGACGAGUUCGAUGAGGAUCUAGAAGAAGAAUAUCGGAACUUGAAUAACAUGCUCGAUUUACCGAACGAUACUUACUCUCUUACUAAAAUUACAGCGGAGUUACCAUUGUGCGUCAAGUAUGGUGUUCGUUCCGGCCUCAUUCACUCGAACAUGUCGUAUUUCUCACCAUUAUCUAGAGGUUAUCAGGGUGGCGCUAUAGCGAUUGCAGCCUUUGCCACGACCGCGAUUCACAAAUCUCGCUGUUGGAACGAAGCGGUGAUCGAUCAAAUCGUCGAGGACGGCGACACUUUUUAUUGCGAGUCCUACAAAGAUGUGAACACGGACGAUCGCCGAACAAUGACCAUCCUCGACUUGAAAAGGAAUCUUCUUCUUCAGAAAAAGUUUAAUGUGGAAGUUAAGAUUGAGGAUCCGGCAUACGCUGGAAAGUUUCGUUCGCGCAAUCCGACAGAGCUUCAUCUGGCGAAAGCAUUAGAACUAUUUUUCGAGCGACACAAUGCCGGGAUCCUGACAUCGCCGGUGCUCAAUAUAGCUAUCUGGAAAGAUUCGAAGUAUUACUAUGUAUUUGAUGGUCAGGCGCGACAAGAAAGUGGCGAGCCAGCAGUCGAUAGAGUCAGCGGAUCGGCCAAACUGUUUCUCGUGAAAGACUUGAUAGGAUUACUGUUUAUCAUUCUUGAGAAGAGUAACGUACGAAACGAACCCUUCGUAAUUUAUCCUAUAUUCAUCAGCAAUGUCGAAAUGAUUUUACCAGAAGAUGCCGAAGAGGCCGCAAAGAUACUUGAGAAGCCGCGGAGAAGACCGAGCGGUUAUAAAAUUUGCGAAAAAUACCGAGUUAUUGUACAGGGAUCUUAUCAUCUGACGCAUCCCGCCAUCCCAGAAGCUCUGCGAGGUAAAGGACAUCUGAUUAUAGCUGUAGCAGCUUUGAUAUAUUCUCGACUGAUCAAUGCUAACAAGUGGACGACCGCUUUAAUCAAUUUGAUUUUUAAUCAGGCCAAUAUCUAUCUAGUCGAUCUGGUCAGAGUUCUGGAGAAGAAACUCGACUAUAAAUUCGAGCUUUGCUUGGAUGAUUUAAUGAGCGAUGUUAUUCUCGGAGUGUAUUCCGCCAAGGUAAAGGUAGACGCGAAUGUAAUAUCGAGUCAAACGCAGAAGGGUAAGAGUUCUAUUGAGAACGGCUUAAAAGAGUUCUUUGAGACGCAGGAACUCGGAAUAGUCGAGAUCAAGAAGAUCUUUUACGCGAUCUGGAAGGAUGGUGACUCGUAUUAUUUCUUCGAUCCAUUUGCUUGUGACGACGAGGGUUUCAGGAUAGAUUACAGUGAUAGAGAACGCACGACACAUGAUACUACGAGAGAUGUUGCUUGCGUUACCAUGAAUAGCACCGUAAAUGACGUGAUGGAGAUAGUGCUGGAGAAUACUGGCAAUGAGGAAAGCGAUCCUUUCCUAAUACACGGAGUCAAGGUGCUUUAUGUUAAGACUGGAGUGACGCCAAGUGGGCCGUUCGAAAAAGUGAUUUAUCGAGAGAGUGGUACAAAUCGUAGACCGCGAGCGCCGCCGCCCCCGGUACCAAUGGAUACGACAAAAGUUGAUUUGAUCGAUGCGACGCCACGCUUACGACCAGAGUCACGUAAAUUUGCAGAAGUGUCUAUUCAAUAUCCAGAACUUAUGCAGGAUAUAGAUCAAUACAUGAUGGGGGUUGAUGAGCCAGUAACUUAUACAAUUGAGAAUGGAAAAAUUGAGAAAAUAAAGAAAAUAGAAGAAGAGGGAAAAGAGAAGGAGAAGGAGGAGGAGGAGGAGGAGGAAGAAGAAGAAAAAGAAGAAGAGGAGGAGGAAGACGACGAGGAGGAAGUAAAAGAAGAGGACGAGAAAGAAGAAGAUGUAAUAGGCUCUAUCAGAGGAUAUAAUCUGAUAAACGAUCACUGUCUUAUCGUUCGUGGUAGCUUGACUUGUAUGAGCGGCACGUAUGAUCUGCGAUCACAAGGUAGACAGGGAUUAAUAAUCGCUUUGACUGCGUUGGCAUAUAGGAAGUUAAAGGAUCCGACGCGCUGGCGAUGUUUAGACGUAGAUCAAAUUCUUAACAUAGGCAACAAGGCUUAUAAACAAGUUAUAAGGUGGAUUCAACAAGGCCGACCUGAAAUAAAAGAAGUGAAAGUGGUAGAAAAGAAAUUGAAAGAAGAAGAGGAAGAGGAGGAAGAAGAGGAGGAAGAAGAGGAAGAAGAAGAGGCUGAAGAAGAAGAAGAGGAAGAGGAAGAAGAAGAGGAAGAAGAGGAAGAAGAAGAAGAAGAAAAAGCUGUUAUUCGAAAAGUAGCACGUGCUCCUAGUCAUUUGGAUAUCUCUCUCUUACCUCCUAGAUUGAAGCUAGCUGAGAACGAUGUUUUUUUUAAAACGAAAAUGAACGUCGCUAAUGGCGACGCAAAUCCUUUGGCUAAUCUCGCGGAGGCUCUUGAGCGUUACUUUGAACGGUAUCCUGAAGUGAUAUUGGAAAACAAUAGAUUGAUGUAUGCCAUUUGGAAGGAGGAUGAAAAAUUCUUCCUCUUUAAUCCUUAUGGUAGCGAUGAAGAGGGAUGGCGUCAUUGGCAAUAUUCAGCUGGCUUUAAUGUAACGGAUCGUUUCAAUGAGUUGAUCAAAUUGCUUUAUGGCAUCUUAGAAUACCACGAUUCGCGUUUCUCACUUCAUUUCGUAGCUCUGGACGCUAUAGAACCAGGAAAGUACAGGUCAUCUGUGGAAAUCGUAAUACCGGAUGAGAAAACAGAAAAAUUCCAAACAAAGUUUCUUCCAAUUACUGAUGAUGAUUUACUAGAACUUGAAGAGAAGAAAUUGGAUGUUGAUAUAGAAGUGACAAAAGAAUUUGUUGAUAAAAAGGAUGUAGUAGAAGAGGAGAAAGAAGAAGAAGAAGAGGAGGAGGAGGAGGAGGAGGAGGAAGAGGAGGAGGAGGAGGAAGAGGAAGAGAAGGAGGAAGAAGAAGAGGAGGAAGAGGAAAAGGAAAAACAUAUAAUAGAACAAAAAGAAUUUGAUGAAUUUAGGGAAAAAGAUCCUACAAAAUUAAUCGAAGAAUCCGUGCAGCCUGAUGCACCUUACCGCCUAAACUUGGCUCUCUUGACUUCCACAGUGAAGAUCCAAGAUCCGACUGAAGAAGAGUUGAAGAGCUUGCCCGAAGAGAUAAUAAUGGAAAAGAUGAAGUACGAUCAUCCACCGCCAUAUGUGAUGCCGCCAAGGGGAACGCUUCGUGUUUUGCUGGAAGCAAAAUCAGCCAACAAGUCGAUCCCAUCUCUCGUAUCGAGAUUCUCGAUCGACUCGAGAUUGGAAAUUAAGAAGGGUGAUGUUCCUAUGGACUCUAUAUUAACCACGAUCGUGCCGUUGCUUCGGGACACGAAACCUUCAAAGAUGAUUAAGCUAUCUCUCAGGAAGUACUUGUACUCGAGAUUGCCGCCUAUCCGUAUGGUGCCUUUAAGAGCUAUCGACGAGAGUUACAUCCAGGACAAAGAAAUUGAUAAAGCAAUUGACGAGAGAUAUCUUGGGCGAGAAAAGCUGGAAAAAAAAGAAGAUAAGACACUAGGGAAAUUGCCGAGAGUGUCUUAUGUGAGACCAGAACUGAUACCUCGUGGACCGAUAAUUAAAACUCCCGUUUUAGUGAUAAAGCAUCUAACAUAUCCUGAUGAGCGAAAGAAAGUGUUGAAAACUGAGGAAGUAGCACCUACUAUCAAAGAGACUAUCACCGAUGCGGAACAACUUCUAUUCAAGUUAAAAUUUCUGAAAUUUCAAUUUGAUGUGCCUCUGCAGCCAUUAGACAAGAAAAAUGAUGUUAAGACGAAAAAAACGAAGAUGAUAAUUAAUGCGAAAUACUUCGAUAAGAAACCAUUGGUCAAGAAAAAUGAUGAUAAGAUAAAAGAGAAAAAGAAAAUGCUAAUUAAAGCGGAAUACAUCAAUAAGAAACCAUUAAACAAGAAAAAUGAUAAGAAAGUAGACUCUUCGUCACCGGAAAUUAUUGGUUUCAAAGUUGUGGAUGAAGAUGCAGAGAUAAUACGAGGCAACCACAGUUUGUCGGAUCGUACAAGAAUUGAACCUUCUCACUUCAAACCUUGCUUUAUUUCGGCUAUAUUAUGCAUUUUGGCCAAAAACAUGCUAAAUGUAGAUCGCUUUUGUGACAGUAUUCUAGAUUAUUUGAUCUUUUCCGCCAGUAAUAUCGAUCAACAAAUCGGCAAACUGCGAUACAAUGGAUAUAGAACAUUUGAUAAAAUAAUCAUCCUGGAUACAAGUUUCAACAUUAUACUGAAGGAAAUCAUUUAUGCUAAUCCCGAGAGUACUCCAUCCGACGAGCUUGAUGCGGUAGUCGGUAAAUUUCUAGAAAACAAUCAAACUGGUACAUUGGUGUUAGCAAAUUGCGCCUACGCAUUUUGGACAGCGGAUGAUAAAUACUACCUGUUCGACCCUUAUUCUUGUGAUGAGAGGGGGAAGGCCAACGAGGAAGGCUACUGCUGUCUCAUGAGAUUUCGCAAUUUAAAAUCCAUGCUCGAUAGAAUUAAAGAAAACGCUGGUGAAACUGUGAGAAAACCUUUCCGUAUCUAUACCGUAUCAGUCACUUACGCAGAAAUGAAAAGACGGAAACGAAGGAAAGAUAUCAAGCGUCGCCCGAAGCUAGAAGAGGUGACGAAAGAGUUGAUUCUUAGCGAAGAAAAACGGGAUGUAUCAACGCCAACAGUCAAGUCGGAAGUGUCUCUGAUCGAAUUAACCGAGUGGGUUACGGCAGGUCCAGAACUAGAUCCACGUUGUGACGUCGCGGUGACCGGUUUUACGCCGAUGCGGCAUUAUGAAGCCUCGAUGCUCGAGGAAAUUGUUUUGGAGAAUGACAUUACGACGCCUACAUUGGCACCGUUCGAGCUGUUUCUAGAUAAUCAAGGUCUUAUAAAAAUGGCGAAUGUGAGAAAAAUACCAUCCGAGAGAAUAUUUCAUAACAACUCGUCCAUUCAGAUCCCAAUCGAUCUUUGUAUCAUGGCGUGGUCGUUGAUUCAUGAUCCAGCCUCUUGGUCGGAACGUACCAUUGACGGCUUAAUCGAGGCUGCCACCGAUUACGCCUACGACAGCGUAUUGGCUAACGAGGACACUUCCGUGAGUGAUAUGACCGACGCAGUGCUGCCGGAAUUCGAAAUAGCGAAUUACGUGUUUCGAGUGGUAUUUGCGCCGCUACACUACGGAUUUUUGUAUGCCACGGAGGGAUGGAAUCUCGCGAUGACCCUCGAGAAAAUAUUCGAAACAAUGAUCUACACUGGCGCGAUCAUCGUCUGCCAUUCCGCUCACAUAGGUGUUUCGAAAUGCGGCAAGAAUUACUUUGCCUGGUGGACAGUCACAGGGACGAAAAAUCUGAGAAUGAUUGCGACCAGCAGCUUUGACGAGUUUCUUAAGAUGAUCGUUAAAGUGAUCAACAUGCCGCAGACGAUUGCAUUUACUGUAAGAGCGAUCACUAUAUCCCACGCUCUGAAAAUGGCACCAGAUUUCAGCGAUGUCAAAGGUCUUCAUGAGCCGAGGGUAACGACGGCGUCUCUACCAGAGAUCUAUCGGAAAGAGCUUCAGGACUCUUACGACGUCAAAGCGAUCUUCAAACCAAUCGAUCCCGCACAGAAACCAAUCUUCAUACUUGGAACGGUAGCUCUUCGCAAUCGCGACAGUCUACUGGAGCCACUGAUUAAACGUUGCUAUUUCAUCGCGUUACUGGCUGUUGUGAUAAAGAGAGAUAUUGUUCAGUCCCCACUUCCUGGUAUGAUCGACAGAAUUCUCGAAGUGGCGGAAAGUUUGUACAGAGGAUUCCCUGCCGAGCCGAAAUUUCAUACGGAGCAUAUCUUGCGAAAUGUUCCGCUGAUGAACAGGUUCUUUGAUCUUCGUGAUUGCGCGUUACCACUGGUUGUGUUGACGACGAAUUCUCAGACUGGCAGAAAUGAUUUUUACGUGCAAGUGAAACACCAUCUGAAACGUUAUUUUAAGAUGCAUACGAGUGGUAUACUGCACUUUACAAAUUGUUGUUACGGCUUUUGGUAUUCGAGAGCGACCAACUGCUAUUACUAUCUAGAUCCCUAUCAAUGCGAUACGGAUGGCAGAAAGACUUGUGCCAACGGCAACGCCUGUCUUUGCAUCUUUUCCUCCAUACGUCAAAUGGUGAAACAUAUGUGCCUUAAUCAGUACGAAGGCACGACUGGAUUCUUCCUCCACAGAAUUCACGUGAAUUCCAUCGAUGCGCCGUCGUUUGAUAAAUUUCAGGAAGAUCCAAUGUGGCUCUAUUUGGAUUAUCACUGGAACUUUACGCAUUCAAUUAUGAGAUCGCGUAAGAAAGCGAAGUACGGUGACAGGUCAAAGACCAAUCGGCGAUUUUGGAACAACUACGCGAUCGAGGUAAUCGGUCUAAUUUAUUCCAUCUGGGGCACGAUCGGCGCUUAUGAUUGUCGAUUCGGCGAACGAGCUGGAAAAAAUUGCAUCGCCAUAUGCGUAGCUGUCCUGGCUAUGCGAAAUCUUUGUCAUCCUUCGCGAUGGAGUCCGGCUAUUCUGGACUCGGCCGUUAUUUGCGGAGAUUCCUACUACACGGAAAGCCUGAAAAGUUUAAUGCAGAACUACUCGAAAUCUGACAACAGGUUCGGCUUGCAAACUUCCUUCAAGAUAUUUCCACACUCAUGGACCAUUGAUUUCGAUACGAGUAUAUGCGGGAUUCUGUAUAGCGGCGAUCAGAAUAACUUAACGUUAACUGACGCGUUGAACUUGGCCUUUGAAGAGGCGCGUAAUGUUAUCAUCGAGUGCAACAGGAUCGCUUUGGCAGCUUUGGCGACUAAAGAUGCUUAUUAUGUUGCCGAUCCUUGCUGGAUCGGUCCGCCGUUGUUCCCGAGAAAUCGCGGCGCGAUUUAUGUUCUACGUUGCAAAAAUAUGAACGUUCUAAUAUACGCGAUCACGAAGAUGUUUAAUACCAAUCAGAGACUUAAUGUGUAUGUCACGCCGUUGAGCCUCGCGUUCGACCGAGAAGAUUUCGAAGCGGAUUUAUGUACCACGAGAAGAAAGAUUCUGCCGACAUCUGUACAAAAAGUUCCGGGAAGAAUCGAAGACCCCGCCAUACCUAUUCCGGGAGCGGUCGUGGUACCCGACGAGGAUUCUUACUUACACAUAUAUCGUCAGCGCCUUGCCGAGGAUAUUGCUAGAGAUUCCCAGUUGGAGAGUUUACAACUUCGUUGUGCGGAAUGUGUACUGAAUCCCGAAAAUGCGAACAAUGCGCUCGUGAGCACCAAGUGGCGUAUGAAUCUCGGUCAAGCACGUUCCCGGAAAAGACCUAAGCUACCCUUAGAUUCUGUCGAGUCAAAGGAUGAUUUAUUGGAAUUUGAUUCUUUGACGGAUCCGUAUAAAACGCGAAUUUCCAUCACAAAUUUGAUUACCGCGAGCAAUCGUUAUCCAAGACCGAUAGACUUCACCAGUGAUGAGCCUCCACCUAGAAUAGAAUUGCUCAAAAAUGUCAGCGAACGUGGUUUCAUCAGGGAGCAAAGUCGUAUAGAUUUCAACAAAAGCGUCGCAGAAAUGUCUCAGGAAAACUAUGCUAGUUAUCAACAUCGUCUACCCAAAAAUGAAACAGCUCGAAUUAAAACUAAGAUUCCGAAUAUUUAUAGCGACUCAAGCAAUGUAACAACCGAUAUAGAACGUGAAUAAUCAAAAGCGACGUUAGAAUUUUAUGAUAAGAAGUUCAUUAAGAGUAUAAAUAGAAGU